CUUCUCCGAUAGAAAUCCCGCUUCAGGCGAUGUCGGUGGCGACGCUGGCGGGCUAAAGAAAUGCGUAGAAACACCGCAUCGGGUUAACGGACGUCUCGCGCCAAACUGCGCACGGGCAAGCCUUCAAAUCAAAGGCACUCCUUAUUAACUAUAAAGUAAUUUGUGACGAAAACGAACACGUGUCAGUUUCGCACUUUCACGAUGUUGGAAUAAUAACGUGUUGAACUACUUAAAACAUUGUUAGAAUCCAGGUUGUGCCUUUAGAUUUUGAGAAAAGUAAAAACUAAGGAAUACUUUUUGACGUAUGUCAUUGAAGUCUCAAAUCCGGCCUGGUCUGUUUGGCAAGCGUUUCCGGAAGUCUCGCGAUGUUGCGCCUCGGUUUAGAAAUUCUGUCAUAGAGAGUUUAAGCUAGUUGGCCGACUAGCAUGUUAGUAAAGAAAGUACUUCGCUGCAAAUGUUUCAAAAAGAUAUUGGCCUAUAUAGUCCUGUGGCAUUUAACGAACACUAAGGGUUUAUUUUUAAGUGUCGGACAGGAAACGGACGGCUGGUAACGUUACAAUACAGGACUAUGACCCAACACACCUCCAGGCUGUGACCAAGAAGGAGAGUGAUGGAGUGCUGCAUCAGAUGACCUGGCCUCCACAAUCCCCCGACCUCAACCCAAUUGAGAUGGUUUGGGAUGAGUUGGACCGCAGAGUGAAGGAAUAGCAGCCAACAAGUGCUCAGCAUAUGUAGGAAUUCCUUCAAGACUGUUGGAAAAGCAUUCCAGGUGUCCUGCUGCAAUGUCAAGGCGGAGCAGAAACAGCCGGGCAUGGCGUUACGUGUGGAGUGGACUACGGCGAGAUGCUGAUUCCCGGGCGCUGGUACUGUCCUCAGAAAGUGAAGAGUGGGGCUACGAACGCUUACAGUACAGUGACUCAGACUCUGAGCCAGACUACCGUCCCGUGGUGCCACCGGUCCCCAGUGCCGUGCCCGUUACCGGAGAGUCGUACUGCACCUGCGACUCCCAGGCCGAGCCCAGCUACAACCCACAUCUCCGGGGCUUCCACCGCAUCAAAGACUGCCACUGUGGAGAGGAAGACCAGGACUUUGACUGGGUGUGGGACGAUAGUAACCGCUCCACGGCCACGUUGAUGACCUGCGACAACCGCAAAGUCAACUUCCACACGGAGUACAGCUGCGGCACAGCAGCCAUAAGAGGCUCUAAGGAGCUGGCAGAUGGACAGCACUUCUGGGAGAUCAAGAUGACAUCACCAGUGUACGGGACAGAUAUGAUGGUAGGCAUCGGAACCUGUGACGUGAACCUGGAUAAGUACAGACAUACCUUCUGCAGCCUGUUGGGGAAAGAUGACGACAGCUGGGGUCUCUCCUACACUGGUCUGUUACAUCAUAAAGGAGACAAGGUGAACUUCUCCUCACGUUUCGGCCAGGGCUCAAUCAUCGGAGUGCACCUGGACACAUGGCAUGGAACACUCACCUUCUUUAAGAACCGCAAGUGCAUAGGGGUGGCGGCUACGGAGCUACAGAACAAGCAUUUCUACCCCAUGACGUGUUCCACAGCAGCCAAGAGCAGCAUGAAGGUGAUCCGCUCCUGCUUCGCGCCCACUUCCCUGCAGUAUCUGUGCUGUGCUCGCCUCCGCAAGCUCCUCCCUGAGUGCCCAGACACCCUGAGCGUACUGCCGCUGCCCCCUGGCCUGCGCCACCUGCUGCACAAUAAGCUGGGCUGGGUCCUCCGCCUCAACAACGGCCUCCUGGGGGCUCCAGGGAUGGGGGGCUUGGGGUCUCACUUGCCCCCUACGCCCCCCUUGGCUGGGGCCUUGUCCUCUGAAAGCGAUGACUCUGAGGGGUGUUCGUCGGACCCUGAGGCAUGUCAGAGGAAGAGAUGUCGUUGGACGUGACGGGAAUCCAAUGUGACCCCCAAUGUAAACACAUGGGGUGUUUCCUAAAUAACACCCUAUUCCCUAUAAAUAGUGCACCACUGGUCAAAGACCCAUAGAACUCUGGUCAAUAGGGUGCCAUUUGGAUGCAGCCAUGAACUGGACUGGAUCCCUGCCCCCUCCCUGAGACACACUCACGUUAUAACCCCUUACACACACACACACACAUAUGUUACCGUUAAUGGUGAUCCCAGGACCUAGGGACAGUGUUGUGGGAACAUUUAAACAAGAUCAAACGAAUGUGGCACUAAGACCUAUGGCCAAACUUCAGUGUACAUUAACAGUAUAUGCAACAACAAUGAUGACAUGAAAUCAAUGAAAAGAGACCAAGUGCAGCAUUAUGUGGAUUGUCACCAUGCUUUCUCCUUGUACAUAAAAUGCUGGUUGGAUUGCUAUAAGAGUGGCCCGUAGUAUAAGGCCCUAUUUUAAGUUUCUGUUUUAGCUGACCGAAGUUGAGUCCAGAGAGUAGUCGCAAUUUGUUGCGCUUUCACAUCUCCAUGACAACAUUUAUUUGUUACCUUUUUCCUCCCUCUUUGUUGUGUCUUUGUCUGGUCCUGGCACGAAAAUCCAAACAAUCCAUGUUACAUUAUUAAUGCAAGGUGUAAAUAAGACAAGACUCGCACUCACAAUUUGACAUUUUCUAAAUAGGAGAAAAGGACUGCUUUGAAGGUAGUCCUGGUCAGAUUUAUUACAUGUAAAACAUGACCUUCAACAACUAUCCUAUCUAGAAGACCGUCCCUAGAUCAAUGUUGAUGGAGUCUGUCUGACCAAUGGUUAAAAUGAUGCAAUUUGGCGAGAGCUUGCGUUUGUAUGUCAUUAGCUGUUCUCUAAUGAAAUCAUAACUUCAUUAGGCUGGCAUUAACACUGGAAUUUAAUCAAAGUUUUGGAAAAUCUAUGGGAAAAUGUCUGUUCUUGCUCUGCAAGAAUACACAGAUCAAGUAAUCCGUUAUUUUGUUGUUAAUCAGCACAUUUGUUUCGGAGCAGGAACAAUCUUUAUUAUUUUGUUUAGAUAUUUGAUUUUGUUGUCACAUGCAUUUGGUUGGAACCCCUGUGCGUCCAAUGGUUGGGUUGCAGACAUUGUACUGAAUAAAGAAGAAAAGGGGUGUCCACAUAUUAUAACAUCUAAAUAUAUCUGUGUGUUUUAUUAUUUUUCAGUGUACAAUGUUGUUUAUUUUAUGCAUCAAAGCACUUGUGUAUAUACAGUGCAUUCGCAAAGUAUUCAGACCCCUUGACUUUUCCCACAUUUUAUUUCCUAGACUUGGCCGGACGAGUCUUGGUGUUUCCAAACGUCUUACAUUUAAGAAUGAUGGCGGCCACUGUGUUCUUUAAUGCUGCAGACAUUUUUUGGUACUCUUCCCCAGGUCUGUGCCUCGACACAAUCCUGUCUCGGAACUCUACGGAAAAUUCCUUCGACCUCAUGGCUUGGUUUUUGAUAUGCAUUGUCAACUGUGGGACCUUUAAAUAUACAGGUGUGUGACUUCCAAAUCAUGUCCAAUCAAUUGGAUUUACCAAUUUUCGGGGCUCCCGAGUGGCGCAGCGGUCUAAGGCACUGCAUCGCAGUGAUAGUGGCGUCACUACAGACGCCCUGGUUCGAAUCCAGGCUUUAUCACAAUCGGCUGUGAUUGGGAGUCCCAUAGGACGACGCACAAUUUGCCAGCGUUGUCUGGGUUUGGCCGGUGUAGGCCGUCAUAAGAAUUUGUUCUUAACUGACUUGCCUAGUUAAAUAACAUUUAAAAAUUACCACAGGUGGACUCCAAUCAAGUUGUAGAAACAUCUCAAAGAUGAUCAAUUGAAACAGGAUGCACCUGAGCUCAAUUUUUAAGUCUCAUAGCAAAGGGUCUGAAUACUUAUGUAAAUAAGGCAUAACUUUUUUUCACAUUGUCAUUAUGGGGUAUUGUGUUUUUUAAAUCCAUUAUAGAAUAAGGCUGUCAUGGUGGAAAAAGUGAAGGGGUCUAAAUACUUUCUGAAUUCACUGUAUAAACGGGAUAUAUAAAUGGAUCUUCUAUGUAAUGUUCAUAUUGUAUAGGCCUUUAUUCUUCUCUUUCUCUCUGUCUUUCUCUACAAUAAUCUAUAUCUAAAGCAUGGCCUUUAACUGAAAACUAAGAUGAAUAGGUGAAAUAUGCACAAAAAUGUUUUUCUUAUUCUAAAAAAUAGAGGCUCAUGGUGCUUUUUGCUUUUUUUUUUCCCUGGUUCAAGCAAAUGUUUAAUCUUUAAUAAUCUGUAAACUUUACAUUCAGUAUUCUCUUCUCUGUUAAGAUUUAUAUUGUUAUGGCAACCUUUGUUUGCACACCAAUGUUCCUCCAGGAAAUAACGAUUAAGUAAGCAAUGUUUGUGCAUGUCUGUUGGUCUAAAGAACCUACAAUGGCACAAAAUGCAUCAACAUCAAAUAAAAUACAAAUGAAAACCUUC